ACGCGCAGCGCAGCAGCAUUAUCCCGCAGGCUCCAUGUGCGUCACCUCUGCAGGAUACUUGACAAGGAUUUCUGAUAUUUUGAUAGCUCUACCCACGCGGGUCACUGACAGAUGAAAACAGUGACGUUUGGUGGAUACUAAGGCGUUUCACUUGAACAAAUCAUCUGUCCAGGAGCGCAAAGGGGGACAUGGGUCAACUUAAUGGUGCGACUCUUUUACCAUUUGGCGCUAUCUGUGUUGUUUUCCUGUGGGAAUCUAAUGCCAGCUCUAUCAGGACGACGCUUGCAGUGGACACAUCGAGGACGGAGUGCCCAGAUAAUAAAAUCAUGACUGUGGAGUAUCCCUGUGUCAGAUCUGGUGGAAAGAACGGCACUUGUUUCAGGAGGAAAUGCUGUGAUGGGUUCAGGUUUGUGAUGGGCCAGUGCAUUCCUGAAAGUGUGGACGUGUGUGCUGCGUCACCCUGUGAGCAGCAGUGCACUGAUAACUUUGGACGAGUGGUCUGCACGUGUUACCCCGGCUAUCGUUUCGACCGCGAAAGACAUCGCAACCACAAAUCUCCUUAUUGCCUGGACAUUGAUGAGUGUGACGUCUCCGGCAGCAGUGUGUGUGACCAUGAAUGCGUGAACACAGUGGGCAGCUUUCUAUGUCGCUGCCACAGCGGUUACAUACUAGCACCAGACCAACGCUCCUGCAUCCCGAUACACAACCUGAGUACUGCAGGGAAGUCAGACACAUUAAUGAGUGCUGGUACCUGCUCAUUCACCUGUCAAGAUUUCAUGAACAUGAAGAACAGUCUGCUACAGCUAAAACUGCGGCUAGGAAACACACAGUCACCCAACCAGGUACCUGAUCUGGCCAACAGCAGUGAUAAACCUUCUUUGGGACGAGCAGGAAAAAGUCCUGAUGGCCCUUGUUUACCUGGCCCUCCAGGAGCUCCUGGUGUUCCAGGACACCCAGGAGAACCAGGAAGCCAGGGGGAGUCAGGAGAGAGGGGUCCACCUGGCCCACGAGGUCCAAGGGGAGACAUGGGACCCAUCGGUCCAGAGCCGGACCUGAGACAUAUAAAGAGGGGCCGCAGAGGGCCAGUGGGACCACCUGGAGCUCCAGGAAGAGAUGGAUUAAAGGGUAACAGAGGAGCUCCAGGUCUCAAAGGUGAACCUGGACCACCCGGCUCCUUCGACUUCCUCCUGAUAAUGAUGGCCGACAUCCGCCAUGACAUCAUUGAACUGCAGGAGAAGGUGUUUGGUGAGCGGCGAGGCAUAUCCCUGGACAGUCCUCCUCAGUCCAGUGGGGAAGCAGAUUUUGUAGAGUGGGGCUCAGGACAGGGAGAUCUCAUGCUCAAUACCUGACCCCUUCAAAACCCCACUCAGAGCGACAGUCUUUCAAACAGCAAAGCAACAACCAAAGCUGACUCUUUCUUCUGUGGAUAACACAGCUGGGGACCAAAGUGCGGACAUGUUAAUACUUCCUCAGCUCACAACUGGGGUGGAUGGGGCAACAAACCAUGUAUGAAUUCUUAGCAAUGCUACAGACAGUAAGACUGAGAGAUACAAGAAAUUUAAAACCUCUCCUAACCACUGCAAGCGCUGUUCUGCUGCCUUUCCUGUACUGUGGAUGGGAGUGAGGGAUGUGCGUGCGGGACACAGAGUGAGAAAGAUGCAGCGUGAGCCUUUAUGUCUGAGCCUCUGAGCUGUGCCUCUGAGCUGAACCACUUCAAACGAUGAACUUUAUCGUCUACAUCUCUUCCUGUUCCUGAGUCCAUCCAUGGAAGCUCUGCUCUGCCAGUUUAUGUUUUGCCUGCAGGGCACUGGUAAAAAAGGAUCCAGGACCUGCACUGUUUGCCUCCCGUGCACCUGCCUGCAGCUUCUCAGCUAUUCUUUGAGGAAAACUCAGACAAAACGUCAUGAGAUUUCAUGACCAUGGUGUUAUUUGGAACGUCAUCUUUGGUUUAAAAAGCAUUUUACAGGUACAAUUUGCUUGUAUCUGCUGAUUAGAAAACACAAAAAUGCAAUAAUAAACACAGGAGCCCUGUUUAUAACCCAUAUGUUUUAACAGGAAGUUAUAUGUGGGCACAAUGCUUACAAAUUGAUGGAGACCAUUGUUGCACACAUUCUCUGACUUUUAGUUCACCCAGACAUGGCAGACAUAGAAGUUUUCUUAUACUCAGCCACAAUUCUGCCUUUGUUAGCACCAGGUUGUGACAUUUGAGUCCCAACUGGGCUGCACAACUGUUGCCAGUGCAAUACCUGAACGUAAAUAUAGCCCACAAUAUGUUUGCUGUUGUCUUUCAUUGAAUCUCAACUGUUAGCUUACAUUGAGAAGCAGUAAUAUAGCAUAUUUCGACUGCAAGUUAUGUACAGAGAAACAUCACUGCAUUUGGCAAGUAUUGCAAAUGGGAUCUUUCUUGUACCAAAGCAGUAUGUAGCAAGGGCUGUAAAACUGAAUUUAUUAAUUACUGCAAUGACGCUUAUUCUAAAGCAGCGACAACAUGUGUGUUUUCAUACUACAGUCAGGAUUGUUACAUUUUCCCUGUUAAUAAAAGAAUAUAGUUUAUAAAAGAUGAUCUGUAUAAUUUUUUUUUCUGUCCAUGUCUUUGAGACCACUUAGAGAGCAAAAUGUUCCCUACAGACUAGAGAUUAAAUCUUCUGUCCAAAGCCAAGCUGUGAAAGCUUUGUGAGAUAAGUCAAUCAGUAAUACGCUUUCCUUCGUCAACAAUACCAAAAUGCCACUGAGCAGGGAUAUACAGGCCAUUUUGUACUUGCGUUGUAAAAGAUAAUUGACUCAGUGCCACCAGUAGAGGGAGCUAAGUAACAUAUAAUACCUUUAAAAUGUCCGAAAUACUCACUCAGUUAACUAAAUAAAACAUUCUCAUACAUUCAUAAAUUUCCUUUAGAGUGUUCAGAAUUUCCCAAAGUGCAAGGUAUAAAAAGCAUUUAUAAUGUUUCAGUGUUCAUAUGCAUGUCUUUUCUUUGUUAUCCCCAUCACUGAUCAUUGAGCCAUAGUGCCGGGGUGUCAUUAUGAAAGGUGUGAGCAUCAAGGGUCAGAGAUCAAAUUCUUGGGUAUAGACAGCUGAAGGGAUAAUUAUUGGCCCUGAGCAAUCAGUGGGGACCUGUUUGGGCUUGAUCCCACCACCAAGGAGAUGAUGAAACCAAAGUGUGACCUAUAAAAAAAAGACAUGCUGUUUGAACUUUGUGGAGCUGAACUCUGUUUAAAGUUUUGAUUCUGAUAAAGACUUCUGGGGAAUUCUGCUGUCUUGCAAAGUUUGUGUGGGAUAGAAAGUUUGCUGCUAUCAUUAUGAGUGUAACUAUUGUAAUUAAAGUUUGUGUGGAUAAGAUGUCAUUAUCUAAAUAUAUAGCCCAAUACCUAC